GCGCUCCCGCGCGCACCCGGCCGCCUGAGCGAUAUUAAAAUGUCUGAUGAUGCCAGUGACACCGUAGCCACUACAGACAGAGAAGAAAUUACGAAGAUUUCCAGUAGUGAUUCUUUACCUGAGGAUGCGGAAGUGCACAGUGACUCAGCUACAGUCUCAAACAAGCUGGCACCAGGGGAGCCCAGAGGAGACGUGCGUGAGGAUGCAGCUGAUCAGGUCGCAGAGACUGCUGCUGCUGGGCACCCACAACAGCCCAAAGAUGCAGAUACCACGGAGACCUCCCUCAAUGGAGAAGUGACCGAGGACACACUAGCAGAGUGCGUCGAUUCUGUCAGCCUCGAGGGAGAACCUGGGUCUGAAAUACCCCUGAAAGAACCGAAUGAUCCGGCUGUGGAUUCCCCUCCUCAGGGAAGAGGAUGGGCAGGCUGGGGCUCCUGGGGCAAGUCUCUGCUCUCAUCCGCGUCUGCCACAGUAGGUCACGGCUUGACCGCAGUCAAAGAAAAAGCAGGGGCCACCCUUCGGAUUCACAGUGUCAAUUCUGGAUCUUCCGAAGGGGCCCAACCUGAGACCGAAAAUGGAGUCCCUGCAGUUGCAGAUGUGGCCGCAGAUCAGGACCCUGCAGGUAGCCCCCCAGCGUCCCCAGCGUCAGGUUCUCGGGGCAUGCUGUCAGCCCUCACCAACGCGGUUCAAAGCACUGGCAAAAGUGUCUUAACUGGAGGUCUCGAUGCUUUGGAAUUCAUUGGCAAGAAAACCAUGAAUGUCCUUGCAGAAAGUGACCCAGGAUUCAAGCGGACCAAGACACUCAUGGAGAGAACUGUUUCCUUGUCCCAGAUGUUAAGGGAAGCCAAGGAGAAGGAGAAGCAGAGACUGGCGCAGCAGCUCACGGUGGAGAGAACCGCACACUAUGGGAUGCUCUUUGAUGAGUAUCAAGGUCUGUCACACCUGGAAGCCCUGGAAAUUCUGUCCAAUGAAAGUGAAAGCAAGGUUCAGUCAUUUUUAGUAUCACUGGAUGGAGAGAAGCUGGAACUCUUAAAAAAUGACCUGAUUUCCAUUAAAGACAUCUUUGCAGCCAAAGAAUUAGAGAGUGAAGAGAAUCAAGAAGAACAAGGCUUAGAAGAAAAGGGAGAAGAAUUUGCUAGCAUGCUUACAGAGCUUCUCUUUGAAUUACAUGUCGCCGCCACUCCUGACAAACUCAAUAAGGCCAUGAAGAAAGCUCACGACUGGGUGGAAGAGGACCAAACCACGGUGUCAGUGGAUGUGGCCAAAGAGUCAGAGGAGGAAACUAAAAAGGAAGAAAAAGAAGAGAAAGCUGAAGACCCUCAAGAAAGCAAAAAGGAAGAAAAAGGAACUAAGACUGUAGAGGAAGUGUACAUGUUGUCCAUUGAAAGUCUGGCAGAAGUCACUGCGCGCUGUAUCGAGCAGCUUCACAAAGUGGCAGAAUUAAUUCUUCACGGACAAGAAGAGGAGAAACCAGCUCAGGACCAAGCAAAAGUGCUGAUAAAGUUAACUACAGCAAUGUGCAAUGAAGUGGCUUCCUUAUCCAAGAAGUUUACGAAGUUUUUAACAACUGUUGGGAGCAAGAAGAAGGCUGAGGUUCUUAACCCCAUGAUCAAUAGCGUGUUGUUAGAGGGCUGCAACAGCACAACCUACAUUCAGGAUGCCUUCCAGCUGCUGCUGCCUGUCCUGCAGGUGUCACAUAUCCAGACCAAUUGCCAGACUCCAGCCAGUUAAAGGAAAGGGCAGGUCCCACGGCUUCAUUGAGCACCAUGCAAGGGGAUGUUUUCAACACAACAGGCCACACACACCCAUUUUUGAGGACACUACAAAGCAAUUUUGCACAGACAGUAUUGAGAAUGCAAGUUUAAAGAGAGUUGUCAUUUCUCUUAAUGUAGAGGGUCGUUUUUACAAAUAAUUGUGUUUUCUUUAUGUUAAUUUAAAGUUUCACAGCUCAUAAUGAAGUUUUCCCUUAUGAAAUUCA